AAGACAAUCACUUUAUUGAAACAUUGGGUUUUGUUGACUAGUCCUCUGAAAGCUUGUCAUAAUAAAAUAUUUAGUCUUUUAGGUGCCACAAGAUUCCUUUUGUUUGCUGAAAUAGCCUGUCACAGCUACUCUAGAAAUUGCAUUUACCGUUACACCUUAGAUUCCAAAGUUUUAAAGACUGUUCAAAGUACUUCUCAUUCAUGAUUUUAAAAAUCAGCUAUGUCAAGUUAAGUUUCCCCUUAUUGCAGACUCAGAGUUGUAUGCUUAAAAGGCCACCUAAAUUUUCAACUUAAAAGGCCAUAGCUAAAUUUUCAACUGAUGGAUUCUUAAUUCACAGCACAGCCUCUGAGCUGCUACACAGUUGUCAGCAUUCUCCCUGUAACAAAGGAUGACUGUCUGAAUAAGUACAUGUUCAAUAUUAAGAGAAGGCACUGGAACUUUCAGCAGAGCACAGUAAGUGGAAAGCAAAUCCUGCCUCUUGUUCUCUCUUCUCCUUUGAUAGCCCAUUGGGGCCCCUCUUCAAAUAUACUUCAGUAUCCCUCUGAUCAAACCAUAUAUACAAAUCAGUUAUUUCCUGUUCUGAUAAAAUUUUUAUGUCAUUAAUGAAAUGUUUGUUCCCCUGUUUCUAGAACUUUGGGACUAGCUGUGCCAUGAAUCCUGAGCUUGGAAGGAAGAUUUUCAAAGGAGUUAUAUUAGUGGAAUUUAUCGGAGUUGCUAGCGCAUAUGCACUAUAUAUUAAAAUGGAUAAUAAUCAAGAUUUCAGACAAAAAAUGCACAGGAGAUACCCAUCCAUCCUAGAAGUUUAUUACAAAUGUAAUGAAUACGCUGGUUUUCACGAAAAAAGGGAGAAAGAUCAAGCAGCAUGGUUAAUCAGCAAAAGCUAAUUGUAAGUAAAAAUGUUUUUUAAAUGUUUACAUUAAAUAUCUUCAUAUUUAUUUUCUUGUCUUUUUACUUUUGUGUUUGUUUUUCAGCAUUUUGUGUCUAAACUUCUUUUUCUGCUUGAUGAUGCUCUUCACAUCCUUAUUGUGAAUCCACCUGUUGCGUUCUUCCUCCCACCUGAGCUGUUUGACAUCUAAUGGAGGAAGACAGAGAGCACAUAGAUAAGUUUGGAGUGACUACAUCCUGGGAAAAUCUGGCAUUGAGUUUUAUGGAUGCAAAGAAUACUGCCUGAGUUAGAGAUUCAUGACCGAUAAACUCUCUGCUAUGUUUUGUCCUAAAAAACACAAAAUGCUUUAUGUACAAAUAAAUACAGAGUUCCCUCCUCA